GGCUACGCUACAGCUUUAGCUCCCAGAGAGACUGCAGUCCCGGAGCGGUGGAAGCAAGAAGGAGGAAUCCCCCUUCAGACAUCUUCCCCCUCCCCACAGGUACCAGGGAAUGGGACAGAGACAUCCCCAGUGCUACCUGGCGAGGAUGAACAAACAGAUCCAGCCCGACCGUAAAGUGUCGGUGGUGGCCCCCUUGCCGGAGCGCCCGGGGCCGCCGCCCCCGAAGAAGGACGUGGAGCUGAUCCUGGUGAAGGAGCACAACGGGGUGCAGUACACCAGCAGCAGCCUCCUGCCCGCCACCCCCGCGCCGCGCUACGGCGCCCAGGACAGGGAGACCUGGGGCAAGAAGAUCGACUUUCUCCUCUCCGUCAUCGGCUUCGCCGUGGACCUGGCCAACGUCUGGCGAUUUCCCUACCUCUGCUACAAAAAUGGAGGGGGUGCUUUUCUUAUUCCCUACAUCCUCUUCUUAAUCAUUGCUGGAAUGCCCCUGUUCUAUAUGGAACUAGCCCUGGGACAGUAUAACCGAGAAGGGGCUGCCACUGUAUGGAAAAUCUGUCCAGUUUUCAAAGGUGUAGGCUACGCAGUGAUACUCAUAGCUCUUUACGUGGGUUUCUACUACAACGUUAUCAUAGCUUGGUCUCUGUAUUAUCUAUUUUCAUCAUUCACAUUUGAGCUCCCCUGGACAAACUGUGACAACAGUUGGAACAGCCCAAACUGCACAGAUCCCAAACUCUUCAAUGCAUCAAUGCUUGGCAACGGUACCAAAUACUCAAAGUACAAGCUCACUCCUGCAGCUGAAUUUUAUGAGCGAGGAGUCCUGCACCUGCACGAAAGCCGUGGAAUCCAUGACCUUGGCUUGCCUCGCUGGCAACUUUCCCUCUGCCUCUUGGUGGUGGUAAUCAUUCUUUUCUUUAGUCUGUGGAAAGGCGUGAAGACUUCAGGAAAGGUUGUUUGGAUAACAGCCACUUUGCCUUAUGUUGUAUUAUUUGUCUUGUUAAUACACGGAAUAACCCUGCCUGGUGCAUACAAUGGAAUAAAUGCAUACCUGCACAUAGAUUUCAGAAGACUAAAAGAAGCCACAGUAUGGAUUGAUGCAGCUACUCAGAUAUUUUACUCCUUAGGAGCUGGGUUCGGCGUUUUAAUUGCAUUUGCCAGUUACAAUAAGUUUGACAACAACUGUUACAGGGAUGCUUUGCUGACUAGUACCAUUAACUGUGUCACAAGCUUCAUCUCAGGAUUCGCAAUUUUCUCCAUCUUGGGCUACAUGGCUCAUGAGCACAAAGUUAAAAUUGAGGAUGUAGCCACUGAAGGAGCUGGUUUAGUUUUCAUCCUGUAUCCAGAGGCAAUUUCAACUCUUUCAGGAUCUUCAUUUUGGGCUGUGGUAUUCUUCAUCAUGCUCCUUACUCUUGGCAUUGACAGUUCUAUGGGCGGGAUGGAGGCCGUCAUCACCGGCUUGGCGGAUGACUUCCAAAUUCUGAAGCAGCACAGAAAGCUCUUCACUUUUGGGGUUUCUUUUGGCACUUUCCUACUUGCCCUUUUUUGCAUCACCAAUGGUGGAAUCUAUGUGCUCACACUUCUGGACACAUUUGCAGCUGGGACUUCAAUACUGUUUGCUGUUCUGAUGGAGGCAAUUGGAGUUUCCUGGUUUUAUGGUGUGGACAGAUUCAGUGAAGAUAUCCAGCAAAUGAUGGGCUUCAAGCCAGGACUCUACUGGCGACUGUGCUGGAAAUUUGUUAGCCCUGCUUUUUUACUGUUUGUCGUGAUAGUCAGCAUAAUAAAUUUCAAACCUUUGACCUACGAUGACUACACCUUCCCUCUCUGGGCAAAUCGCAUUGGCUGGGGAAUAGCAUUAUCCUCAAUGAUACUUGUGCCUGCCUAUAUUAUCUAUAAAUUUAUGAAUGUGCGUGGGACCUUUAAAGAAAGACUAGCUUACUGCAUCACACCUGAAAAUGAGCACCAACUCGUGGCACAAGGAAAUGUCAGGCAGUUUAAGCUUCAACACUGGCUAACAAUAUGACAGCCAACAGGUUGAGGAAAAGCCAAUACGUUAAGGUAAACUGGGAAUACAGAAAAGUUCAAAGCUCCCUCAACUGUGCUUGGACCAGGCUGGCUCAGAGUUUGUCCACUGACUCUUUGAGGGAAGACAACUGCUCUCAUUCUCAAUGCCUCCCUUCUAUUACUUGGCUUCAAACAGUCUUUAAAGACUUGGUUUAAUUUUUCUUAUAUCCUUUGGUGCCAUGAGAUCCCUACGUGACCAAAACUUGUGAGUUUUGCUAUUGGCAGAAGUGGAGGAGGGAGGAGCAGAGGGAAAAAAAAGCAAACAACAUAAGUUAAAUGCUCUUUUAUUGUGAAGAAGCGAAUUAGAUUUUUCUGACAGUAAUAAUUACUUCAGAUAUUCAUGCCACGACUUAUUUUAAACCAACAACACCUGAACAUUCUUAGAUCUAAGGAAGCAGUACAACUCAAUUAUGAGGAAAGAACAACUUUAACUAUGUACUAAUGUCAUUAGCUUUCUUGCCAUAGUAUCCUUUGGGAUAUGAGUUCACAUCCUUCUGAAGUGAAGACUCAGUGCUUCAUUUUCAGUGGUUUGUUACUGGUUUCUUCUUUCGGUGAAGAACGGUCCUUGCUGUCUGUAUACAUCCCUGCCAUUUUCUGUCCAGUUUACUUAUACAAGCUGAAGAACAGCACGAACAGAAUUCCUGUUAUAGCUAAAUACAGAAUACUGUUUAACACUACACCGUCCUUAAUGAAAAAAUAUAUUCCCUUACAGCAAGAAUUAAAAUGGCUUUAUCAUACAAUC